UAUAAAUUAUUAGUAACUAGUCUUUAGCUAUCCGCACAUAACCCACACGGGGACGUCUACUAUAACAAAAAACAGAAAUAAAUCAAUAUCUGAAACGUUGCAGACUUACUUGUGUACUACUCAGAAACAUAUUGUAGAAAUAUAAAUAUCUGUAUAUAUAUUAUACAUCUAUAUAUUUAUUCACAUUUAUAUAAAUAUAUAUCCAUAUAUAUAUAUCCGAUACCACACGUUUACCACUAUACGCAGCAAUUAUGAGCGAAUCUGACUCGUCGAGAGGUCGAAGCCGAAGCAGAAGCCCAGUCAAGGAUAGGAAGGCAACUGUGGAAAAGGAUACAGAACCCGAUAGGGCCAAGGACUCGAAAACUGAGACUGACAAUAAACCUGACAGCGAUACCGAGGAAAAGGCCGACCGCAAGGACAAGGACGGAAAGCGGGACAGCCCCGAGAGAAGCAGUAAGCGCGAUAGCAAAGACAAGGAUAAAGACAGGAAACGCUCAUCCAAGGACAAGGACCGCAAAUCAGAUCGAAAGGAAAAGAAGUCCAAACGCUCUCGACGCAGUCGCACGCGCAGUCGCAGCGCGAGCCGUGACCGCCGUCGCAGUAGCAAACGCAGAGAACGAUCGCCCUCUCGAGAGCGCUCGUCCCGUCGCAGACGCACUCGCAGCCGCGAUAGGCGCUCGCGCAGUCGUGACCGCAGUUCCAGGCACGCAUACGAUUCAUACAGAGACCCACGGAGAAGUGACCGUGAUCGCAGAGACUAUGCACGGGAUAGAUCAGGCCGAAGUAGGGAUGACCGAUCCUAUAGAAGUCGCCGAGAGGACGACGAGAGGGACCGGUCCAGGCGUUCUAGGUCCGCAGUCCGUGAAGAAUCGAGUAGGUACAGGAAAGCAGAGACCGAGUCAGAAAAGAAGGUGCGAGAGAUAAUUGAGGCUAUGCCCGAAGAGUUUCGCAGGAAGUUGGAUGAAGAAAAUGACCGACAAGAACGGUCCGUGGUAUGCCUUCAAUUGAGCCAAAACCUCAAGGAUACUGACCUGGUAGACUUCUUCGUGGAGCAUGAGAUCAUGUGCAGGGAAGCACGUAUCAUCUCAGACAGGAACUCCCGCAAAUCCAAGGGUAUCGCGUAUGUUGAACUGCUGAUGCACGCGGACAUGGAAAAGGCCAUUGCCUUAACUGGCACACGGUUGAUGGGCGUCCCUAUCAUUAUACAGUACUCGCAAGCCGAGAAGAACAGAGUCGCACAGCAGCACACGUUGGGCCCAACAAAGAUCCAGGUGUCUGGCCUACACCAAAGCUUAGAAGAAAAGCAAGUCAAGUCCCUGUUCUCGCCUGUGGGUGACAUAGAUAGCAUGCUCAAGGUCACCGACCCAUUGACAGGGCAGUACACCGGUGUGUGGCAUAUCAAUUACAAGAAGAGUGAGUGUGCGAAGAUGGCGAUUGAGCAGAUGCAAGGCUUUGAACUCAUGGGCGUGGGGCUAGUUGUAUCGUUUGAAGACGCAGGAGCGCCUGCCGUAGACCCCCUCACACAGCGAGCUCCAAACGGUCUUAUAAUAGGCCAAGGAGUGACAACUGCUAUUGCACCAGCUUUGGCUCCAGUACCCGUUCCACCAGCAACCAUCCCUCCGCAUCUGAUGCCCAGUGUGAGUGUACCUGCGGCUGCACCCGUUGCGGCGGUGACACCGACCGAGUGUUUACGGCUCACUAAUAUGUUUGAUCCUAAUGGCGAGAGAGAUGAAUAUUGGGAGAGCGACUUAACGGAAGAUGUAAUGGAGGAAUGCAACAACUAUGGCACCGUGAAACACUGUGCGAUUGACAAGGCAUCGUUGGAGGGUGUUGUCUUUGUCAAAUACGAGACUGCUGAUAUGGCCGCCGCUGGCCUCAGCAAGCUGCACGGCCGCUGGUUCGACAAAAGACAAAUCGCCGCGACAUACAUCACUCUGGAAGAAUAUGCAACUAAGUGUUUGUCAGAGUAAUAAAUACCCAGCAACUGCUCAAUAGCACGCUCUACUUUCUACUCGAUAUCGCGUCCUGAAAGCUCUGAACGUCAACUACUGAGUCUGCAAUGCCAUCCAUGACAGAAAAUGUCUCUUGUCUGGUGAAGGUGUAGCCAACUAUUCAGUACAUAGGUGUCCACCAGAGCGCCCUCCUCAUAUACCUACAGAGAGCGACAAACUGGAACUACGGCAGCUAUGCUUGUACAAUCACGAAUGUUCAUGCGUGUGAUAUCAUACCGCUUCAGAUAUUUCGAGACUACGCUACAACAGGCAAGGAGCGUGACUCUC